AUGUUCCUGUGGCUGAUCGAAGACAAGUUUCCUGGCGCUAAGGACAAGGUUGUUGGCGGUGUGGACAAGGUUCCUGGCGCUGAGUACAAGGUUUCUGGGCCUGAGGAAAAGGUUCCUGGCUCCGAGGUCCUGGUUCCUGACGCUCAGCACAAUGUUCCUGACGCUGAGGGCAAGGUUCCUGGCACUGAAGGCAAGGUUCCUGUCGCUGAGGACGAGGUUUCUGGCGCUGCGGACAAGGUUUCUCGCGCUGAGGGCAAAGUUUCUGACGCUCAGCAGAAAGUUCUUGGCGCUGAAGGCAAUGUUCCUUAUUGGCUGGAUUUGUACGAAAACUACGAGUCUAAAUACCUGCCAAGGUAAGGCUUUUUCAUGCAUAUAAAUGGGACGGAUUAAUGAUUGCCAAUGCUUGCUUUUGAACUCUUUCCAGAUUGUUGCUUAACGCUUGAAGGACAUUUGGAAAAACCACUGAAGCAUACUCUAUCACUGAUCUCGUAACAGCACAAUAUACAGUUACAAUAUCCACACUGCCGUCUAGUAUCUUCUUCAACUUCCUCACUGCGUAUAAUCUCCUAUUCGCUUUCUUUAUUAUUACGGUCACAAUGCAAGGACCAUGUUAGGUUACUAGACAAGUAAACUCCAAGUAGCUCGAGCACUGUUACUACUUUGAUCUGGGUACCAUCAGUAACAAUAGGUUGCCAUGCAGUGGCGUUACUGCCAGUGCACUGGAGGAAGUCGAUAGUCAUAUCUUAACAUUUCUCUGGAUUUAAUUAUUUAAUUUCAUUUUAUUUUGCCAAGAAUAUUAUUGGAUUUCAGAUACAGUAAAUUUUAUCGGCUUCCAUUGUUGUCACAGAAAUUCCUCUGGGAUUUCAGCCUUUUUCCACAGGUAUAUUACAUACUGUAUGUCCUCUGCUGAUAGUGAUACAAAGUCAGAACUGAGGCUAUGGAAGAACUCAUUAAUUCUCUCGCACAAUUUCUCAGUCUUGUUUUCAGUGUCUCCGUCAAUAAGAUGUUUAAACCACUGUCCUUUUCUUUCGGUCAAACCAGAGAGAUUUUGUACUGUUUUCCACAACUUACUUGCAUUAGUAUCCUUUAGAUUUUAACUUUAAUAUCAUAGAAUAAUUUCUUAGCAUGUUUAAUUGCAUAUUGAAAUUUGUUUCUCCUCAGUUUGAAUGAUGGAGUAUGCUUGCCAUGUUGAGCUGGCACUUUUGUCUUCUCUUAAUUCAGGGCCCAUUCAGAGGCAUGCACCUUAACAUCAGAUCUCAUAGCUGGGACACACUCCACAGAGCAAUCACAAUAUGGUGAAUACAGUACACUGCAUACUAUUGAAAGAAAAAAAACACAUAAGGACAAAGCUUAUCGAGAAGUGAGCAAUCGUCCAACCCUUGGUUUACUUUGUGGACCCUGCACGCAUGCAAAAUACAUUGGAAUAUAA